GUCAGCCAGGUUCUGGGCCUUGUAAGCGAUCGUUGUUGUUUCAUUGGUCGAUGUUUCGUUUGUUGGUGGUUCAUCACUACCUAAUGUCUGGGCGUAUCAUGGCUUGGACGCCCUCGUAUGAGAGCGGGACCGCAAGAGGCCAAGGGGCGCGAUGUGUGGCUCAGAGUCGUGUUUUUGUCUUACGCUUAGGCUCGCCUAGGCAACGGCAUUUCGUUCUCGAGAACCUCCGGACCUCACUCCUUCCUUUUCCAACUCAUUUCGAAGCCCAUUCUCAGCGUAUUUUGUUUUCCACGCUCGUGCACGGCGAUUUCGUAAUAUCACCAUGACUGGCUGAAAACGUGUCCAUUCACUCUUGUUCAAUACUACUUGCUUUUCUCUGCUGAACUCGCCCGUACUCACUCGUUACUUGCGCUCCGGCGCCCUGCUUCGACAAAGGAUAGACACGGAAUAAUUGGGCAAUCAUGGCAUUUGCAUUUUUUUCGACCUUAGGACUCCUGGCCACAUUUCAAUUGUCUGGACUCGUAGCUGCGGAUUCACAAAAUAUUGACCUCUGUGGUCAGUCAGACUGGUGGAACUCUACUGAAGUUCCGUAUUCAUUUAAUAAUAAUGCCUGGGGAAACGACAGUUCGGGCUACCAAUGUAUGGCCGUCCAUGAUAAUGGCCGUAGCUUCAGUGUCUCCUACAAAUGGACCGGGGAUGCAUCUCUUGUCAAAGGCUACCCGUACAUGAAGGCUCAUCCGACUAGGCUCCCUGUCCAGCUAUGGAACGUCACUCAACUACAGGUCACCGGGAACUGGCAGACUUACGUUGCUGGCAAGGAAAAGGCCAGUGCUGAGCAGCAGGCCCAGGCCUUCGAUGAUGUUUCGCUCUACGCCAACGUUGCUGUGGACAUGUUUCUGUCCGAUAACAAGGAGAACUCAACCAUGGUCGGCGCCCCUAUUGAAAUCAUGAUUUGGCCCUGGUGGACGCCAACUGUAAAACCACUUGGAUGGGCCGAGUCCACUCCUGACAAAGACACCGUCACCAUCGACGGCACCCCUUUCUCAUUGUACCAUGGCUGGAAUGAUGGGGGACAGCAUGUCUUUUCAUGGUUGGCUCGCACCAACCUCACCAAGACCGAUGCCGACUACGGACCUUUGCUCUCCUAUAUCUGGAAGAAGGGUAUGCUGUCAGGCGCAAUGUGGCUAGGGCAACUCGAGCUGGGCACCGAAAUCAAACACGCCGCGGGCGACAUGCACUUUGAAGCCAGCAACUACACCUUGAAGGUGGUUAGGCAAGGAGACCCAGAAGACAAGGCGACCUCAACUUCCACAACUCAAUCCAGUACUAGCCAGACCGCGACGACGAAGACAACGAUGACGACAGCCGCAGCUGAAGCCGCCACCACUUCUGCGCCGUCCCCCACCAGCACCAAUGCCGCGUCUACUUCUUGUCUUGUAGACCUUUCAACAAUUUGGUGGAUCUCACUCGCCACAGUGUUGUUGUGUUAAUAUGACCGGCUGCCAGAUAUGUGUAAAGAAAUUCGGGGACCCAUUACCACAAGGAGUUUGUGUAUGUUAAUUAAGCAUGUUUUAAUCGAAGGUCAACUUUGUCUACAGGGAAACCAGGCCUUUAGUGACGG